GCUCCAUGUAAACAAAUGCACGCCACUUCCGGAAUUAUCGCGCAUGUCGGAUGUCCAUGUUACGACCUUGACCUCUUUCCGUGUUGUCUAAAAAGCAAGAUGACCAAGGGGACAUCAAGCUUUGGAAAGCGGCACAACAAAUCUCACACGUUGUGCCGCCGUUGUGGUCGUAGCUCCUACCACAUUCAGAAGAAAACAUGUGCACAAUGUGGUUAUCCUGCAGCAAAAAUCAGGAAAUUUAACUGGAGUGUAAAGGCCAAGAGAAGGAAGACUACUGGUACUGGUAGACAGAGGCAUCUCAAGAUAAUCUACAGAAAAUUCAGAAAUGGUUUCCGUGAGGGCACAACUGCAAAACCCAGACAGAAGUCUCAAGGCCAACCAAGCCAAGCUUUGGCCAAGCAGUAGGCUGAACUUUUUGUGAAAAAACAAGACUGUACCAUAAUAAACUAUUUCAUUGAAAGAAAA